GUUUCGGCUCCCGUCGAUGACGUAACGGUACAUCUUACAUAAUGGCUCUCACGCUGCACAAGAGAAGAGGAGAAAAUCCUCAGACCCUGUGAGAGUUUUCGAGUAAACCAACCUGCUAAUGUACAUGAGGUAUAUUUCCAGGUUGUAUUCAGCUAUGGCUAAACCCAGACCUGUGGUGAUCAGCGGCCCGUCCGGGGCGGGAAAGAGCACUCUGCUGCAGAAGCUCAUGAAAGAAUAUGAAGGUGUUUUUGGUUUCAGCGUCUCCCACACAACCAGAAAUCCUCGACCUGGUGAAGUUGAUGGCAAAGAUUACCAUUUUGUCACAAGGGAAGUCAUGCAGGCGGGGAUCGACAACAGUGAUUUCAUAGAGAGCGCAGUGUUUUCUGGCAACAUGUACGGGACGAGUAAAGCCGCUGUGCAAGAUGUCCAGUCCAAGAACCUCAUCUGUAUACUUGACAUCGACAUGCAGGGCGUGAAGAGCAUCAAAAAGACGGACCUGGAACCACUCUACAUAUCCAUCCAACCACCCUCAAUGGAAGCCGUGGAAAAGCGUUUGCGAGCAAGAAAAACUGAGACGGAUGAAAGCCUCCAAAGGCGUUUAUGUGCAGCCUGUGCGGACAUGGAGUUCAGUAAAGAGCCUGGUGUGUUUAAUUACAUAGUUAUCAAUGAUGACUUGGAGGAAGCCUACGGGCAGUUAAAAGAUGCUCUUAUUGAGGAUAUUAAUAAAGUCAAGAAUGUAACCAUGUCAUCGUAGGAGAUGAUGAUCCUGACACUCCUGACUAAACAUCAAGCCUCCAUUCCAGCCAUGAACAUUCCUCAUGUGGUGGUUUGUGACUUUCAAACAAUCCUUAUGUGGGUUUUCCUAAACUCGAGUUUUAUCUGUUGUUUAAAUGUAGCUAUUAACAAAUAAUAGUUUUUGUGCGGUAAGCUGCGGACUUAAACAUUUUCAUUUGGUUUGAAAUGACAAAUACUCCAAUAGUACUAGUUAGUACUGAAGAGACUGAAUCAAAUCUUUUUUGUGUGUGUGUAUAUAUACCACCUGAUGAAAAACAGUUCAGUUGAGAAUCAACAGUGCCUAAUGAGUGCAGGGCAGCUAAAAAGGAAAAACAAAACACAGUAUCGGUGCUCAGUCCGCUGCACAAAUACAGGAUUAGGUUUCAGAAUUUCAUAGGUUGUAAACAAGUUGAGGAAAACGUUAACCUGCGUUGAAAAUUUUAAGGCCCAUUUAUGCCUUUGCAGCUAGUGACACUGCGCUAUACAUCAAAGAACAUUAUGAACAGUCAUACUUUUAUACUUAUGUAGGUGGCUUGGAACCAGUUGCAAGUUGACAGUGGAAACACUAGAUUGCAGUGUUAUAUGGUUCCUGCUGUUGGAUUAAGUUGGAGUAGGAGGCACCUCCACAAAUACUACCAGCAAAACUACAAGCAGAGUUUGAGGCAAGAACACAAAUCCACCUUCCAGAAUCUUGCCUUCAUUCACUUGUUUAAAUUAGGUUGCCCUGUGUGCUUUGUGUUGGAUUUUUCAGUUUUCAUGCAGACUUCCUAUUGAAGCUGUGCAUCCACAAUGACCAACAACUUUUAGACUGAUGGUUUAGCUAACUGAACUUUUUCUUCGCUGUUGUUCUACUCCUUCAGUUGAUUUAAACAUUGAACCAUAAAUACUUGUUACCGCAGCAUAUUUCUUAUGUCACAUUUGACACAUUAGCAGAAAACGUUAGUCAUGAAUUGCAUGUCAUGUUUGUAACACGAAAGGAAAAUGUUGCUGAAUAAGAUAUGUUAAACGGGAAAAAUAUGUAAAUAGGGAGGCUACAGCUCAUUCACUCCAUAAAAUAAAGCUGUUUUGCACAGUUGAUGUUAUUCAGAACCAGGCUCUAUGAAGUAGAGAUGGGACCCAUUCAGUCAGAUUAAGCUGUGGUUUUCCUAUAAACCAGUUCUUCAUAACAUAAAACUAUAAGGAAUUCACCUCAGUUAAGAGACCACCUACACUUUUGGUUUGUGUCAGAACUAAACCAGAAAACUCCAGCCGUGUGUCAAACAAUUGUUUUUUGUGUUGUUUUUUUGUUUUGUUUUUAGUGACUGUGGGGAAAAAAAUGGAAAGAAAUUUACUUACUAUUGUGUAAUGUGGAGCUUUGAAUGAAAAUGGUUAUUUUUUGGGGUUUUUUUUUUUUGUGACAGUUCAUUUGAUGGUGUUUUGAAACAAAUCUGAUUCCUUGACACUCGAAGCCAUGUUGACAGAAACACUGUAGCAGCACAGCUGAUUUCUUAACAGUUGGCAACAGUUUGCUUUCAAGUGCAUGUAAACAGCACAGUGGAACCAAGAAUUAAAUUCUGUUAUCAUUGACAUUUUUAAAUGACUCUACUCAGAUUUUCGUUUUCUGUACAAUUAUUCUCUAGUCAAAUUAAAUACCAUAAUUUUGACAGUCACUUGAAGCCAAUAAUACAUCCAUUAUGACAUGCUAUUUACAUGCUUUUAUUUAUUUUUAAAGCCAUCUUAAUACAAUUCAGUGUUUAUUUUACAGUUGUAUAUUUGAAAAUUGUUUAUAAUAUGUGACUCAUUUUGCAGCAUCUCUGCAGUCAGUCGAGUAAUUUGGACUACCUUUAAUUUUGUUACGCAAGCAUUCAUCCUUAGCCAUAUAUGAAAGCACAACAUACUUGAAAAAGAGAUCCUUUUUUAUGCCUAGCAAUUUGUUAAAAUACAUAACACUUGUUUAUUAACAUACACCACCCAUUCCUUAGUUUUUAUUCACAUUCUAGUGUGUGUUGAAUUGUUUGAAUGUUACACAUACGCAUUUAAGAUGCACUCAGUUAUCUGGUUUCCUGUUAUCAUGUAACAUGCUUGUGGAGAUAAUAUAUCUAAUUUCUUAAGUCAAUUAAAAGUACAGAAGGUAAGAUCAUGUUGUCUUUGCAAUUUAAUAAAAAUUGUGUAAAAAUUUAA